AUGCAGAAGAAUGCAAUUCUUAAGAUGCUGUUUUUGAACAAAGAUAACGUUGACCCUAAUUUAGAUGAAACUUUUAAUGAGGAAGAUUUGCAAUGGAAGGCACUAGUCAUGGAUGUCAAGAGCACAGCGAUUGUGUCGUCUGUGCUGCGUGUCAAUAACCUUUUAAAAGCAGGCGUCACUGUUCAUUCUUUGAUCCAACAAGCAAGGGCACCAUUACCUGAUGUUCCAGUUGUUUACUUUGUGACACCUAAUCAGGAAAAUAUUAAUCUGAUAGUGCAGGACAUAAAAGAAGACAAAUAUGCCAAUUAUUACGUCAAUCUCACAUCAUCUUUAAGCAGAGAUCUAUUAGAAGACUUUGCACAACAAGUCUGUUCAACAGCAAGAUCAGAUCGGAUAAAACAAGUGUUCGAUCAGUAUUUGGACUUUAUCGUGACCGAACCAGAGCUAUUUUCUUUGGAUCUUCCCCGCUCUUACACGGUAUUAAACAACCCAAGCUCGACAGAAGAAAUCAUCACCCAACUAUGUGAUCACGUUGCGACUGGUUUAUUCAACGUUGUCAUGACCACAUUGUCAAUUCCAAUUAUAAGAGCGCCAAAGGGUGGCCCUGCUGAGAUUGUCGCAGAAAAACUAGGAGCUAAAUUACGAGACUUUGUGAUCAAUACACGGACAGCCACUAAUUCAGUGCUCGAAGGGGAUUCUUUAGAGAGAUGUGUUAUGAUCAUACUUGAUAGAAAUAUCGACUUUAGUUGCAUUUUUUCGCAUUCUUGGAUAUAUCAGUGUAUGGUAUUUGAUGUUUUUAAGUUGACAAAGAAUACCAUUGCGAUACCAAGUAAAACAGCAGAAGGUGGUGAACUAUUAAAAAAAUAUGAUAUUGAACCUAAUGAUUUCUUCUGGAAAGAAAACGCACAUUUGCCUUUCCCAGAGGCUGCUGAAAAUGUCGAAGCUGCUCUCUCUGCCUAUAAGGAAGAAGCCGCUGAAAUAACCAGAAAGACUGGUGUUUCCAAUUUAACUGAUUUGGAUCCUAACUCAAAUAGUGACACCGUUCAAAUGCAGGAAGUGGUGAAAAAAUUGCCCCAAUUAGCUGCCAGAAAGAAUAUUAUCGAUGUUCACAUGAAUAUCUUUGCCGCACUACUGUCUCAGUUGGAGAGCAAAUCUUUGGAUACAUUCUUUGAAGUUGAGCAGGACCCAGAUAAUGCAAAAACAAGAACAAGAUUUAUUGAAAUUCUAAAGGAUGGCAAAACCAACAAUAUGGAAGACAAACUUAGAUCAUUUAUUGUACUUUAUUUAAGCUCUUCCAAUGGGCUGCCUCAAGAUUUUGUUAAAGAAGUAGAGGCCUAUUUUUCAGGUAACGAAUUCUACUCUAGUGCUUUGAAAUAUGUCUACAAAUUAAGACAAUUUAUGCAAUUAUCAAAUAAGACACUGCAAAAUAAAUCUUUGGAAGACGGGACAAGCAAAGCUUCAGCGGGUGGCAAUUUAUCACUUUCUGGUCUAUAUGGUCUCACUGAGGGGAGAUUGCAAGGUGGGGUUGGUAGUUUGAUAUCGGGAAUCAAAAAGCUAUUACCCGAGAAGAAAACUAUUCCAAUAACAAAUGUUGUGGAAGCAAUAAUGGAUCCGUUGAACAGUUCCCAGAAAAAUUUAGAAACCACAGAUGAUUAUUUGUAUUUUGAUCCUCGUAUUACAAGAGGAUCUCACACAAAAAAGCCUAAAAGACAAUCUUAUAACAAAUCUAUUGUAUUUGUAGUAGGUGGAGGUAACUACUUGGAAUAUCAAAAUUUACAAGAAUGGGCUCAUUCACAAUUACAUAAUCCCAAGAGUGUUAUGUAUGGUAGCACCUCUAUCUCAACGCCCAGUGAAUUCCUAAGUGAGAUAUCCGAGUUAGCGUAA